CCCUCCCCCCCACCCGCCGCUCGCCGCCGGCCGCCGCCGCGCCUCCCCCAAUGCUUCGCCUCUCCGCCACCACGCUCUCCCCCCUCGCCUCGCAUCCUCCCCUCUCCGGCCUCCACCUCUGCCCGCGCUGCCGCCGCCUCGUCCUCCGCCUCCGCGCCCUCCCGGCCCCGGACGCGUCGCCCUCCGCGCGCAGCCUCCGCCUCCUCGAGUGGGGGAAGGUCUGCGACGCCGUCGCUUCCUUCGCCGGAACCGCCCACGGCCGGGAAACCACCAAGACGCAGCUGUGGGAGGUGGAGGACGUGAGCUAUGAGCAGAGCCGGAGGUUGCUGGAGGAGACCGGGGCGGCGGUGCGGCUGAUUGACAGCGCCGGUGGAGGGAUUGAUUUCUCGGGGUUGGAUACUGUAAUGGUAGAGUCAGCAAUACAUGGUGUCUCCGGAGGUGCUGUGAUAAAAGGUCAGGAAGCAAUGGCCAUUGUUAGCCUGAUGCUCUUUGUUGAAUCCUUGCAAGUAACUAUCAAAGCUGCUAUGAAGCAAGACGAGGACUCACAUGAACGAUUAAUCAGUCUUACAGAAACGAUACUAGAUGCUGACAUUAAUAAGUCAUUGGUGAAAUCAAUACAAGAUGUAAUAGAUGACGAUGGCUCCAUAAAAGACACUGCAAGCCCUGAGCUAAGACGAUAUCGAGAGCAAGUCCAGGUCCUAGAGAGCAGGUUGUAUCAGCUUAUGGACAAGUUGGUGCGAAAUGCUGAUAACGAAGCUUCUGUGUCGGAAGUAUGCAUUGUAAAUGGAAGAUGCUGCAUAAAAGUAACAGGGGAUAAGUCUUCACCUUUUGAUGGAUUACUACUCUCCAGUGGCACAGAUGCUGGAAGUAUGGUAGAACCAAUUGUUGCAGUUCCACUGAAUGAUGAGCUACAGCAAGCAAGAGCUCUAGUGGCUAAAGCUGAACUGGAUGCUUUAUCGAAAAUGACUGAUAAGAUUCUUCUUGAGCUUGAUAAUAUUCGGAUUUUACUGCAAGCAACAGUUGAACUUGAUAAGGUUGCAGCUCGUGCAAAAUAUAGUAUAGCAUAUGAUGGUACAUAUCCUGAUCUCUAUUUACCCAACUUCGUAAAUGGAACAGUCAGUACUGCUACAGGCGGGUCUAUCAGUACAAUUUCCUCAGCUCACCUCUCUAAGAAGGCAUGGAAACUGUGCAUGCCAAAUGCAUACCAUCCAUUAUUGCUCCAACAACACCAGGAAAAUCUGCAUCGUGCAAAAAAGGAUGUAGCAAGUGCCACAGCAGAAAUCCGGAGGAGGAGGAUAUAUGGACAAGACAAUGUAGAAGAAGAUCAACUGGCAUCUGACCUCGAUUUAAUGAAAAUUAGGGUCUCCCAGAUGGAGAAAGACCGUCCAGUACCAGUAGAUUUUUUCAUUGCUGAAGGAACUACUGUAUUGGUCAUAACUGGUCCAAACACAGGGGGCAAAACAAUCAGCUUGAAGACAGUUGGUCUGGCAUCUUUAAUGGCUAAAAUAGGUUUAUACAUUCUAGCUUCUGAACCAGUAAAAAUUCCGUGGUUCAAUGCUGUUUAUGCUGACAUUGGAGAUGAGCAGUCUUUGACACAAUCACUCUCCACAUUUUCUGGGCAUCUAAAGCAGAUCGGAGCCAUUCGCGCAUGGUCAACUUCACAAUCCUUGGUUCUUUUGGAUGAGGUUGGAGCUGGUACAAAUCCACUUGAAGGAGCUGCUUUGGGGAUGUCUCUUUUGGAAUCUUUUGCUGAAGCUGGUUCCUUUCUGACUCUAGCAACAACUCAUCAUGGAGAACUUAAAACGUUAAAAUAUAGGGCUCAUUAUAUUGUGCAUACUUUCAGCAAUGAUUUGUUUGAGAACGCGUGCAUGGAAUUUGAUGAAGAUAAUCUAAAGCCCACAUUUCGGAUUCUCUGGGGAAUACCAGGACGUUCAAAUGCAAUCAAUAUUGCUGAAAGACUUGGUUUGCCCUCGGACAUAAUAGAAAGCUCACGACAGUUACUUGGAACAGCUGGUGCAGAGAUAAACGCGUUGAUAAUGGACAUGGAAAAUUUCAAACAACAAUAUCAACAUCAUCUUCAAGAGGCACAAUAUUAUGUUAUGCAGUCCAAGGAGCUUCACAAUAACUUGGAAGUGGCACAGAAGAACAUUAUAGACCACACUUCUGCUCAAAGAAAAAGAAAGGCGAGAGUAAUUUCAGAGUAUGCUGUUAUGGCUCGUUCCAUUAUACGUAAGAAGUUUCAGCAGUUCCGCGAAUCUGCAAUAGCCAAAAGAGUGCUUGAAGAAGAGAAAGCUGUGCAGAACGACAAACCUGAGAGAUUGAAGGACCCUGAACCAACGAGUACUCCUGCUGUCAAAAAGGCACAGAACACAAACAUCAGCAUGGCCACAACGACCGAAGGUGAAGAUAAUGGGAUUCCGGAAGUUGGAGAUUUAGUUUAUGUUCCUAAGCUCAAAAACGAAGCUACUGUUGUCAAAAUAGACUCAUCGAAGAACGAAGUGCAAGUCCAAGCUGGUAUAAUGAAGCUCAAACUAAAAUUCAAAGAUGUCAAGAUUCAGAAGAGGAUCUCCAGAUAAAACGGCUGCGCUACCACCUGCAUUGGCAGAGAUAAGUAUGUAAACCUUGUUUUUAUACAGUUACAUUGCUUUUCUCUGCCGCAUCUCCAUUCUCACUGUAUACAUCUAGUCAUUUAUACACAGCCAUGCAAUUGUAGUAGAUCUUCAGUUUUCAUGCAGCAUGUUUCCAUCAUGUUAUAGAAGUUAGAACCCGUAGAAUUCAUCUGGAAUUGAACUUGAAAUUGUUUGAACGAUCGUUCGAAGCAAAUUCGCUAACAAAUAAAGAAUGUCCGGGAAUUUUGCACUA